AUGUGUGAGCAGGCAGCCCGGUACUGCAGGGACAGCGUCCACAAGCUCCUGAAGCAGCAGCCGCCACAGGCCCGGGGACUGGACGGUCUGCUCCGCUGGAUCGUCACCAAGAUGAGCGACAAGAAUGAGCGAGAGCUGCAGGGAGAGGAGGCUGGCACCGGGGGGCAGGACAGCAACAACCCGGGCACCAGGAGGGGCAUCUCCGUGAUACUGGAUAUCUUCCGUCGAGCAGAUAAAAACGAUGAUGGAAAGCUGUCUCUGGAGGAGUUCCAAACCUUUUUCUCAGAUGGGACACUCAACGAGGAGGAACUCGAGAGACUGUUUCACACCAUCGACUCUGACAACACCAGUAAUGUGGACACCAGGGAGCUCUGCGACUAUUUUGCAGACCAUAUGGGAGAUUAUGAAGAUGUCCUGUCUUCUCUCGAGACCCUCAACCUGUCCAUCCUGAAGGCUAUGGAUUAUACCAAGAGGGUGUAUGAAAGAGGUUCCAAUGUCGACCAGUUUGUGACACGCUUUUUGCUGAAGGAGACGGCCAAUCAGAUACAGUCUCUGAUGAGCUCGGUGGAGAGUGCUGUUGAUGCAAUAGAUGAACAGACCAAUCAGACCAGGCAAUGCCACAGUAAGCCUGGCCAGGGCAUGAUGGAUGGCUGGUAUGAGAACUCAACGCCUACCUACCCGAGGACCAUAACAAAGGACCUGAGGAGGAGUAUCAAAAGUAGCUGCUCGGACAUUAAGGAGGACGGACUGGAGGCUCAGAUUAACCGACUGGCUGAGCUGAUCGGGAGACUGGAAAAUAAGACCCUGUCGUUUGAUUUGCAGCAGAAACUAUCUGACAGUGAAAAUACUUCCGCUGCGUAUCUUUUCUUGGUGCGGCAGGAACUGAAGGUUUCCCAGAAUGGUUUGGGAGAGUUUUGCAGCUCUCUGAAGCAAUACUUGAAGAAUGUCUCUGGCCAGAAUGAAUGCUUCCAUGUCGCUGCUGUACGGCUACCAGAUAGCGUUACCUUCAUUGUGUAUGAAUUUUGGGAUAAUGAAGAGGAGUGGAAAAGACAUUUACAGAGUGAACCAUGUAAGAUCUUUCGGCAUGUGAAAGUGGACGCUUUGGCACAACCAGAAUCUAUUUCGACUCUGUCCGUUCCAGCGGCCUGGUGCACCCUGAGCGCAGAUUGACUGGGUUUCUUCGUGAUGACAGCCCAGAGCUGGCCGUUGUAUCUGUGACCUUGUGUCUCCAUCCAACUGGGAGUCCUUGUAACUUAUGGACGAGAUGCUUUGUACCAAGUGCUGUCUUUUAAAUCCACUUAGUGGAGAAUGUAUUUGCUUCUAAAAGGGAUACGCCUUAUACCCCAUUCUUUUCCAUGCUUUAAUGCCUCAACGACAUGGCAUUCAGUGAUUGAAUGGUAGCCUGAGAAAGUGAAGGGCAAAAUCUGCCAACACCAAGGUAACCCUAAACAUUUCCCCCAAGAGAACAGUCUGACAUGCUAAGUCUUUUUUAAUCAGACUGUUCCCACAUCAUGCAAUUUGUUCAUAAAUUCCAAUUUUAAGCAUCUGUAGAAUUAAACAAAUACAUAAUGCA